AUGGCGGCCUCCAGCCGUCCGCCUUCCGAUCCUCCUGAUAUGUUUCCCUGUGCUGUUCCUCUGAGUUCUUCUGAGCGUUCAUCUCCGGCGCGACCAUCUGGUAAGGGUUUGAUCGAUCCUUUGGCUUCUGCUUUUAGAAGCAAGGAUAGAAAGUUUACAGAUGAUAACUCUGUUGCGUCGAACUUAAUCUUUGGUUCUUUGGAGCAUGGUGCUCCUGUUUCUACGAACAAGAACGCUAAUCUUAAUAAUGAGAGAAAUCUUCCUGAUUGCUCUGAUAUUCACAAUAUUUCAUCCAAACCUUUGGAUCCGGUUAACGAUUCUAUUAAUCUCUUUGACUCUGUUUCAUCAGAAACAAAACAUGUAGAUGAAAUAGCCAAGACAGCUGAAAUCAAUAAAGCAAUGAAUGAGAAUGUUAUGCAAGCUGAGGUCUUUCAGCAAGGAUCAAAUAAAUCCCCGGGCUUGGAUGGUUCUACUUCUUCAUUCUUUAAAUUCUAUUGGGACAUCGUCAAAGACUCUACUUGGAGAGCUGUCAAGCAGUUUUUCACUACUGGAUGCAUGAACGGUGAUUGGAAGGAUACAAUGAUUGUUCUUAUUCCAAAAAUCAACUCUCCGCUCAUCUAUGAGGAGCAAGUUGCCUAUGUUCCGGGUAGAUCCAUGUCAGACCACUGCCUUCUUUCUUUAGAGAUCUUUAACAAGUUCAGGAUUUCAAAAAAUAAGAAGGGUUAUAUGGCUGUCAAGCUUGACAUGGAUCAAUAUUUUGAUAGAACUAGAUGGAUUGAAGCCAAGAGUGGCUUUAGGCAAGGCUGCCCCAUGUCGCCUUAUCUUUUCAUCAUGUGUUCACAGCUUCUAUCUAGUUUAAUUGAGCAAAGAGGCCUUCAAAUUGGCAUCCAAACUUCUUCCAGAGCUCCAAAAAUUAUGCACCUACUCUAUGCCGACGAUAUCUUGCUGUUUGGGUCUGCUACCACUUCUCAACUUCACGUGAUGAUGAGCUUAAUUAAUGAGUAUUGUGGCUGGAUUGGGCAAGGCAUUAAUCAGAACAAGUCUCAAAUCAUCUUUGGGAACUCUUUUAAGCCAUCCUUGAAACGCAAGCUUGGAAAAAAAUCUGGCUUCAAAACUGUCAAAGAGCUUAAUUACCUGGUUAUUAAAAUUGCCUUGAGGAGACUGGUCAAGAACGACUUUCAUUUUGUAAUUGAUCAUGCACUAGAGAAGCUCAAUUCUUGGGGAGCUCGUUUUCUAUCUAUUGCUGGAAGGCUGACUCUGGCUAAAUCUUCCUUACUCUCACUGCCAACUUUUGUUUAUUCCUUAAUCCCCAAGAAAAUUCUGUAUGAGCUGGACCGUAUCUGCCGUGAUUUUAUUUGGCACCAGAAUUCUGAAACUAAGGGACUACAUUACAUUGCUUGGCAUGAGUUAUGUAUUCCUAGAGCUAGUGGAGGCCUGGGCAUGCAUUCUUCUGUUGUGAGAGUUGGUCCCUUAAGAGCUCGAUUAGCUUGGAGGCUAUACCAGAACCCCACUUCUCUGUUGUUUAGGUGCUUGACUGCUAAGUAUGGUUCCGCCAUUUGGAGUGGUAAGACUAAAAAAGGCCAUUCUGCUGCCCAUUCCAUUAUUUCUAAUGGAGUUUCCUUUCUUAAACCUAUAGUUAGGUGGAACAUUGUUAAUGGUGCUAACAUUAGUGUCAUGAAUGACAUUUGGUUGCUAGAUAAAUGUUUCAACAAAUGGCCUACACUUGCUGAUUGUAUUGGUUUGGAAAGUCUAACGUUACAAAAUUUUAUCCUUGAUGAUGGCCAUAGGAAUUUAUUGGUGCUCAGCCGUUACUUCAACACUGAUUUGGUUAACCUCAUUAUCCACCAAUGCGUGAUCCAUGAGGGGGAUGGUGAUUAUAUGGAGCUUCUUUACCAGCAUUCUGGUAAGUCUAUUACUUCGUUGGCUUAUUCUGAAGCUAUCAAGUUUCAUAAAACCAUAGAUGAUUAUGGGUUUGCAAAUUGGCUAUGGAAAUUGAAGCUAAAACCAAGGAUGGCACUCUUUUGGUGGAGAUUAAGUAGGUUUGCUAUACCUACGAAUGAAUUCUUGAAAUAUAGAAAGCUCAGCAUUAGUGAUCACUGUGCUUACGGUUGCCCUGCUAUUGAGAACUGUGAUCAUAUUCUGAUUCAUUGCAAAUCUUUAUCUGAAAUCUUAUGCAAGUUGAGAUCCUGGGGAAUAAUUAUUCCACGGUUUAGCUCUCUCACGAAUUGUUUCCAGCAUUUAAAAAUACUUUCCAGCACUAGUUUAGACACUGUUAAGCUUUACCGCACUGCGGUAUACUAUUCUUGGAAUUGCAGGAAUGAUAAAAAACACUGUAAUCCAGCUAUUCCUGUUCCUGUGAUAGAUGCCAACGUCUUAUUCACUGCUACAAGCAAAUUUCCAUUGCUAGUUAACUGGGAUGCUAAUCUCCUUAGGGAGUUCGUAACUUCAUGGCAUCCCCCACCACUAGACUGGAUCAAAAUCAACGUUGACUCAUCACUGCUGGAUUCAAAUUUGGCCAGUAUUGGUGGAGUGGCUCGGGACUCCAAAGGUUGCUUACUUCUUGCAUUUGGAAGGCAAAAACUUCAUUGGGAUAUUAAUCAACUUGAAAUGGAAGCUGUUUUCGAUUUAAAGGACUUCGUUCAAGACUGGAAAUUCGAUUGUAAAUGA